CGCGUCGUAAAAGAGACUGCAAAGUCAAUCAGUAUCAGUUCCACUUGGAGUUAGAAUACCCGCAAUUCGUCACUUCUAGCCAACAUCUGUAAGUACCAACUUCGUGGCGUAUAUCCUUCGUUUGUAUGUUCUAAAUAAGUUUACAGAGCAGAAAAGACAGUUUUGCGUCUAAAAUCAGUAGUUGAUAGUCUUCUAUAAUUUCUGAACCUUUAUGUUGAUACUGAAUUUCCUGCUAACGAGCCAUGUCAUUUACAAGCCGUUUUAUCGGUGCAGUCGAAUUUUUUUCAUGCACAGACAGCAUAUUGUUCAAAAAAAGACUGAGAGAGAGCUAAGCAUUUCGGUCGUUGUCGUUAUUGCUUUCUUAUCUCCUUCGAGUUAGUCAAGUAUUAAUUUUUAAAUGUUAGUAAAUUCUGUGUUCGAUUUCGGCUUUCGAAAGCUGACACGAGAUAUUUGGUUUCGAUUUUGUUGUUUAAUCAAUGUUCUGUCGCAGUUUGAUGUUUCUAAAGAAAAAUUUCCAUCCAAUCUUUCAGUAGCAGAUCCCUUGGCAGUUCCAUGUCCUGAUAUCGUAUCGGUGGCUUGAAUGAUCAGUACGUUCAUGUACAGUUAUAUAAUUACUAAAUGCAGUUUGCAAAUCUGGUACGAUGUGGCUUAUUUUCUUUGAGUGUCAGGUUGUAAUUUCAUUUUAGUUUCCAUUUGAUUUCAAUGCCAGCAGCCAGAAUUUAACGUUAGGAUUUUUCGCGAGCUAUUACCAAAGCAUAAGCUUACAGCUACGUAAAGAAAAAUUAAAUAGGCUAUUUCACUUCUUUGCUCCUCGCAAUAAAAUAUCGGUUGGUAUUCCUCUAACUGACAUGUCAGUGGACCCCUUUUCGUGUUAUUUUAGGGACAGCCCAGGCAGUCUUUUUAAAUUCCAACUCAUUUCUUGGGUAUGAGCAAGUAUCGCUCAGAGGGUCAUUUCAUAUGUCGUCUCUUGUUUUUCUCGUCACGUUUAUUCCGCUCUUGGCCUGUACUGGUUUAGUUUUCUUCUUUAGCGUUGACAUUAACAACGUUAAUAGUGAGUGCUGUUUGGGAAGUUUAACCGGCGAUUACUAGUGGUUAAAUCAUUUGAUGUAACCUGAUUUCCGCAAAAGCCUAUACAUUAUGCAACCGCGCAGUAAUCCUCGAUUCGAAAAAAUGUAUGCGUAUUAAAUGUACGCGGUUGUGCGGAAAUGAUGUCCUAUUUAGUGCUUGCAUUCUUUUUCCCUGCUUUGGUCUCUCGGCACAAGUUUUUAACUGGAGUUAGGGCAUUAAUUGUCGGUCCUUGAAGCCGAUCUUUGCAAACGGUAACUCUUUGAGAAAGAUUUCGACAAAAGUUAAACUUGGAUAUUGGUUAUGCACAGCGUUUCGUCUACGCUAAAAAUACCUUAAAAUACAUGUUUUUUUAAGUGCAAGUUUGGGCUUGUAUUCAGAAAACAUGGACUUGUAAUGUACUGGUAUGGUUACUAAGCCGACUGCCUCGAUUAUUAUUUAGAACAAAAUAAAAAGAUAACUGUCAGGAAACAAAGGAGGGACGGAGGAAAGAAACGAAUCAAAUAUAAAGUAUUUGCUCCCAGAAAAUUCAGAUCACUUUUGUAGAAUCGGUCCUUUUCAAGUAUGGCCUUCUCGGAGAGAAGUCGAGAGAGAGAGAGAGAGAGAGAGAGUGAGAGAGAGAGAGAGAGAGAGAGACAUCAUUAUCACGAAUUGGGCAAAUGCCACUCAAUGUAGUUUAUCCGGGAAAUAUUUGUCUGAUUCAAAGGACAAAAUCAGAGAUUAAGAGGUCUUUCUUUCUGGUCAUAAAGGCGUAUAAAAGACAGAAAAACUUAGUUACUCUUAUCUCAGACUGACAGGCUUUGGUAUCCGCUUGCCAGUCCUUUGUUUUGCAGUGCGCAACGCUACUGCGCAUCAUCUUUUCAAAGUGACAGUAGCCGCUACACGCUGUUUCCGAAGUUUAAAAGAGCUUUUACAGACGAAGUGAUUUAGAAACACGCUGUAUGAGAAACUUUUAACCUAGGCGAUAAAUCAGGAAGUGCCAUUAUGCAGGUGAAAGUUCUUCGCAGAUGUGCCAAAUAUUAAGUGUGACUUGUGAAUACGGAGAUCAUUUUGUAAGCAAUUGUGGAGGACAUCCGGUUUCAGUUAACGACAUGUUUCAAGUAACCAAAUCUCAGCUUGAAAAAUCUAUUUUUCUAAUUUGGCCAAACACUGGCCGUGGUGAAAUUAUGACUCAUCAAGCCAGCGGUUCACAUGGAAGACCUUAUUUUUGAUGUAAACACAACCUUACAGCAGGUACACGAGAGGGGGGGUCUAUUGUUGUUUUACCGGUCGUUCAAAACCACCACAAAUCUUCUUGACCGAGGGCUUUUAGUUUGCCUGAACAUAAAUCGUUUGUUAAACGGUAGACAGAUAAAUAAAUAUAAAUAUAAAUAUAUAAACAUGAUAGAUAAAAAGGGAAAUAUAUAACUACAAAAACAAGACAAGGGCACUAGCAAAAGUAUAAGAUGAGUUUUUGAAAUGAUAAUUAAUCUAGUCUAGCGAUAGCCUAGACCGUCAUUUUGUAAAGUGACAGUAAUAAAAAAGGCUUAACGCAAGCUUUGCCAGCUUUCGUUCUGAGGGUCAUUUGCAAUUGACACUCUUGUUAUACUGACGGCGCGUUUGUACCCGCUUGCGCAUGCCGAAAAAGCGGAUAUAAUUUGCUACAUACUUCUGGCUACAUGCAUUAUAAAGUUUGUAUUUUAGGGCACUGCCCAGUUUAUUUGAGAAAAAUUUCGAUAAAUACCUCGACCUUACAGAUUGAUUUUGUGCACUGUCGUAGAUUCAUUCAAUCGACACUGAAGCUGCAAAGAAAACACAACAAACCCCCUCUAUAAAUAACUCAAUGUGUAUUAUUAAGUGCAGGUUCAGGCUUGUAUUAAGGAAGUAUGCAUUCAUCAUGACCAAGCAUAAAUCCGCGCAUAAUAAGUACGGAUAAUUAGUGCAUUACCGACUUAAUUUGCCGGCAGAACCCAAAUUACUCCACAAAAUCAGACAGAAAGAAAGGACUUAGAAAAUCUUGAAAAUAAGGGAGUUUUUGGGAUCUCAAGGCAACUCAAUCUGGUAUAGCUUGGAUAAUUUUCUGUAUGUGAUUUUUACCGAAUUAAUAGUGAAAUCUAUUUGAUUCAAAGUCAGUAUUAGGGGUUUAGUUUCAAGGCCUAAGUAGCUAAAAGGGGAGAAAAGUACUUAAUACGUAAGGAGUUCUUUUCCUUUCUUUGGGUUUCGCAAAAUAAAGAAGGUCUUGUAACUUUUCUUUAAUUAUUCAUGUCGGUCACAGACGGCUUGCUUUCAAUUCGAUUUCAAUAUUAAACAGUUUAUUAUGUCUACCGCGUUUAUUUUCAUAACAGCCCAGACCGUGUUUCUGAAUUUUAAACUUUUGCCUUAUCUGAACAUGUAUUUUGUUUUAAUGGGUUCUGAAUAAACCUUUUGACAUUUCAGAUAAUUUCACUUCAAUCAAGGUUUGGGAUUGUGCGAGUAUAAGUAUGAAGAGGUUGUGGGGGGGCGGGGGGGGGGGAAGGCUUAUAUAAGCUAUAUAGGUAUUUGCCGCCUCAAAGGGUAUGGUUUUUGAGUCGCUUCGGUCUUAAAAAGGGUAUGGAUUUUGCCCAUUUUUGUCUAAAUCGGGUUUUAGUUUUCGAGGGAACUACGGGAGUGUAUGAACUUAUUCUUCAUCUCAGUUCCAAAUGAAUAAAAUAGAAAGAGUAAUAUGCGAAUUCAAAAUGGCUUUUAAGAAAUCCCUUUGUUGGCCUUCUGAUCUAAGCAGUGGUAACAUAAUUUCUUAGAGGGCAGGUCUGAAAAAGGGUAUGGAUUUUAGAGGCCCGGUCUAAACACUGGUGUGGAAAAUGACAUAUUUCGGUCUGAAAUAGGGUCAGGUUUGGAGAACCAGGCAGCAACCCCCCACCAAGAAUCCGGAAUACCCCCCGAGACACAUUUCUAAUUUAAACCCUUGUUGUGAUCAUCACAUUUGUGCCGUUCCCAUAUUGUUUUGUUGUGAUAAAGAAUAUGAAUAUUAAAGUUGUUUACUGUGAGAACUGUUUGUGGAAUUUCACCGCUCCUUCAAUAUAUUACCUCUGAUGCACUACUCGGUGGAGUCAGAAAAAGUAUGCGUAUUAAAUUCUAGGGUUGUAAGGAAAUAAAGCUUAUAACAUCAUAUACUAUAGCCUAUAUUCUUUUUCCUUCCUCUCGUCUCUCGCCACAUGUUUGGAAAUGAGAGGCAAGGUAUUUAUCGUCCCUCCAGUCGGUUUUUGCAUGCUAUCAAUAACACUUCUAGAAUGAUUUCGAAAUAAAUUUCCCGAUUCAUUUAUAAUGGAAGCCGACAUGGAAUGCCGCAAAACUUAAAGCUUUUAUUAAAUGUACCUCUAGAACUAACCUUCUCCCAGUAUGUGUUAAUCGGAAGACAAUAUCUUCCCUCCAGCCAGCCAUUGCAGUCCAUAACUCCUUUACACAGUUUUCGAUUAGUACUAAUACCGUAAACUAAUUCAUGAAGUACGCGUCUUCAGUGCACUCUGUGAAUGAUAUCAGUUGUGCGUGACAAGCUUAAAUUCACGCAAUAUUAAUAGAAUUUGUGUAAUUCCGUAAACAAUUGUAUAUCAUUUGACUGAACCCCGACUAGCUAGGUUUUUGUCUUAAUACUGCAACAGAAUGAUUAACUGAACCUAUUUGGAAGUAAGAUCAUGAUCAACUUUAUAUUCAGAUCGUUUUACUCAUCUUCACAUAGAGCGACCUAUAAUAAUAACAACAAUAAUACUUUAAUUAUCCUCUCCCCUUAUGGGGUUAUUCAGGAAUAAUGAAACAAAUAAUUUAAAUGAAACAUAACAUGGUUAAAAGUCCUAACCGGUAGGAAGGCAAACCAGCUGGCUAUUUACAAGCAUGGCUGAGGAUUUGAACUAGGGAUUGCCAAGAACAAAUCCAGCUAGCAGUCACGGUACCCUAACCACUCAACUACGCCGCCUCGCCUCCUGUUGUACACUGCUGUCAUCCGCAGUGUUAAAAGAGGUGAACUUCUUUAAUGAACAAUUCUUUAACUAAGGCUGACACCAUUUUGUUUUCUAAUGUAAUCUGCAGGCUUAAAUUUCUCAAAAUUUCUGGCGAUGCCUGGAAACCGCUUGAUAAUGUCUUUAAAAAUAAGGGGCUCAAAAAACAAACCAUGUGGGACAAAUCGUCAGCCAGUGAAAGGCCUCCCCAAUUAGAACAUUUCCCCGCUGACGCUAGCACCACUUCAAAAAUAUGCCAUAAACAACACACUUACUUGGGCAAAAGGAUGUUACAAUCAACAAGAAUAAAAACCUUAAAAAAUCGAUGGCUGUUCGUGAACUCGACCUCUGUUGUCCAGAACCUAGACUAAAGAGUAGUUGCAGUGAACUCUCGGCAGUGAACUAAGAGUUUGAGCAACUGUUGUACAUGAUCGGCUUCCUUGAAAGAAUCUACGGUGGGAAUCAUAUAUAAUCAAACCAAACUCAUCUUGCAAUAUCCUUCAGUUUACAUUUCUAAACUGUUCUCCCUUCAUCAAUACGUGUAUUUCGAAAACACUAUUACAAACCAAACACUCUUACACUGCUUCAAAACGGAAAUAGGAGUUUCAUCAAGUUUCAAUCACAAGUGGUAUCUGAAUGUCUUAAAACCUGAUAAAAUAUGAAAGACGUGCUCAUUGUUAGCUUUAAAAACUUUCCUGAGGCUCUGUUUAGUCUUUUAUUGUUUCUAAGGAUUUCCGAAUAUUUUGCCUGAGAGGAUUAAAGGUGGGAUCUGGCAGCUGUGUUUUACCGGAUUACAAGACAAAAACAAUCUAAAGUCCAGUGUACUCUGCAGGCUUAAAUGCAGGCUUCAACAACGAUACGGCUUAUGUGGUACAGUACUUUUAAAGUGCUUUGAGUCUUAUCUUUGUAAUCGUACCCAGUUUCUCAACAAGCGUGUUCUGUCAGUUGGUGUGCCUCAAGGGUCUGUUUUGGGGCCUGUAUUAUACCCCAUACAUACAUCUCCUCUCAGUGAUAUUAUGAAGAGUUAUAACAUCAAUUACCCAUCAUCUGUAUGCUGAUGAUAGUUAGGUUUACCUUGCUUUUAAAAUAAAUGAUGCAUCCUCGAUCGAAAACCGCAUUGAAAGCUGUGUUGAUAAUAUUUGUCGUUGGAUGAAUCACAAUGAUCUUAGAGAACGAACAUAAAACUGAAGUUGUGUUCAUCUCUUCGAAAUUUCGUGAUGGCCCUUCUCUGGAUUACGCGAACAUUGGAAAUGAAAGGAUUUACUUAUCUGGUAAAGCCACAAGCUUAACAGUGAGAUAAAAGGAAAACUAAUUUGACAAAGUCCGUUCCAAAAACUAGGAUUUAAUAUGCACUGAUGGUUACUAAAUUAAUCAUUAUCAUCCAACAGCAUGAAAAAAGCAAUCGUAAUCUUGAUUUAUAGGAUUUUCCUAAGGAAAAGAAGAAUUUAUCAACUGUUCCAGCUAGAAACAAACUUAAAUUAGCCAUUUGAUAUGAUAAACAUAAAAAAUAGAGCCCCAACUAGGACCCAAGUAGAAAGCAGGCUUUAUUAAGUCACGUCUAUAAAUAAUAUUAAUUGCAAAUAAUAAUAAUAAUAAUAGUAAUAUUCCCAAUAAUAAUAAUAUUAAUAUUGCCAAUAAUAAUAAUAAUAAUAUUAAUUAUAUUCAACAUAUGUAUACUAUGACGAAGACGAAAAAACACAUCCAUAAAUUUGUUCAAUUAAUUGGGUUUGUUUUAUCCUAUUGGUCUAAGCGUUUCCAAUACUGCCACACUUAGAGCCUGUUUAUUUGGUGUUGGGGGACCCCAGAUAGGUGACGUAACAUGGGGCGGGUCACCCACCUAUCAUGCAAACCUGAUCAAAUUAAAAUGAGAGAUUAUUCCUAACGGAGUGAGGUGUAUUAUCUCGUCGCCUGCGAAGCGCGUGUACCGCUCGUGACUCCCACGAGGAUCGCAAGGCAAGCGUGAUCGUCUCUUUGCUAUAACUCUAUCUAGUUUGGUUGCUUGUCCGCCUUGACGUCAUUGCAUUGUUGGUUUUCAGGGAACCAAUAGGCUUGGCUACGCCAUUUAAAAUACCUCAGUUAUAUAAUACUUAAGUUCAAAAAAGAGUUUUCAAACAUCAGCGAAAACGCCUAAUUUGUGUAUUUUUUAUUUAGUAAUUGGUCAUUAUAACUGAGGAAAUGGAUAAAUAUGAAAGUAACGGUUAUGAUGGCUGAAGAAAAUCGUUCGUUAUACCGAGGAUUUCGUUAUAUAGAGGUUCAUUAAAUCGAGGUUCCACUGGAUACUGUUAAAUAAUUUAUUAACCAGCUCUUUUUGUAUAGGGCUAGUUUUCAGAGGUUUACAUGUGACUCCAAUAACGUAGCUUUUGAUUGGUCAUACCUUUGAUGAAUAAUUAAUGAAUUUAUAAGUCGCGGUAAAACAAGAACUGUGUAGUUAUUGGACGCUUUAGUCAAAAACUUUUCAGUAGAUCUGUUUAGCAUUUCCUAAGAGAAUUUUAGAUACGAUACAGUUGUGUUUUCUCAGAUCAAAACAUAAAAACAGGGAAGGUUUGAUGAGAAAUCAUUAUUUGAAUAUAUAUAAUAUAUGCGACUGUUUUAUAAAUCAUUAGAGGAAAAAAUUAUAUCUAAAUGUGUGGUAGUAAUCACACCCUUGCACAUCAACAUAAAUCGGUUCCGUUGAAUAUUCGAUUCCUUUGUCUUGCACAGGUGCGUGCAUAAAUUAUGUGUGUUAUGUCCAGGUAGUCUUGGUAUAGCUAAUGAAAAGUGUUUAUUUUAUUUUUACAAUUCAUUUUUGACUGAAUCUAAAGCAGGCUUGUUUUGUUUCUGCCUCACUCAAUAUUGCUUGUUCGUAACGCGAAAAUCAAACUUGAAUUUUUUUCCGCCGAAGAACAAGCUGGCAGCAGUUCAUAUUUUUGGUUAGUUACCAAUAGUUAUUUGUUAAAGUAUAUUUUUAACUCUUGAGGUUGAUAAGAUAUUUAACAUAUGUUAUUUCUUUAACUCACUAUCAAUUCGGUCCAUCCGUCGUCACUAGGUCCCUAGUUUUUUUUUCUUUUUUUUGUGGUUUCCUGGUUUUCACUAAUAAAUCCUUCUUCGCUUCUCUUGUGCUAUUUUUACACCGUUUUCUCAGAAAACAAGGUGUUGACAAAUACAAAUUUUUACCAACUAUUUCUGUAAAUGUAUAUUGACAGCACUAAUUAUUAGCAUAUUUUAUUAAAAACUGACACAAAGGAACCUGCAAAAACAAUCACACGUCUAGUUUCCUCUGUUCGACAUGUACGUGUAGCUGCACUUUCCUUUGUCGGGGGUAGGGUACAGCUACACGUAGUCUAUCAAUGAGAUUGAUACUUAAGAUAUCGUGAAGUCAUUGAUUAGUACUUACCACAGGUUACCCAGGCUCACUAUUUGUGUCACGUACGAGUUUCAUAUAACAUGAGUAAGUAUAGAGAACAUAUGGAGAGAAGUUUAGGUCUGGAAAUUUGCUAGAAAAUGGAAAUAAAAAUCGGUGAGACUUACCACGUGGAGAGUUGUUGUUGCCCUUAAUGCACACGAAGUUUCGGAAAAAAUAGUCUCCUGGAGAAUAUUUUCGCGAAACUUCGUGUGCAUACUGAAGAAACCAACUACUCGCCACAUGGUGAGGUUCAUCGAUUUUUAUUUCCAUUUUCUAGCAAAUUUCCACCCCUAAACUUUGCUCCAUAUGUUCUCUAUACUUAUUCAUGUUAUAUGAAACUCGUACGUGACACAAAUAGUGAACCUGCCUUGUCUGUGGUACUUACUACCUACUGUAGUACUAAACACGGCUUAAAAUGAAAUUUUACCCAUCCUGUGAAUUCAAAUAGCUACACCACAAACAUGAAAUUUUUUUUAAGAACCACUCAAAAUUCAUUUUCUGACUCAGGUUCAUGCGGGAGUUCACGCAUGGCUCAUGCAUGUUCUUCCUUUACAUUAGACUUCAUUGGACUAACAAUUUUGAUUUAUCAAAUUAGAUAGUUAAAAAAAUUGAAAACCCAGAGAAAAACGAUGAUGUUAUUUGUUUUUUGUUAAGUCAUUGGUUAUAACUGAGGAAAUGGCUGAAGCGGCAAGUAACGGCUACGAUGAAUUUCCUGACAACACUGAUGUCAUGUGGAUGAAAAUGGCCUUGAUGGCAGCCAGUCGUGCUGAAGUAACGGAGCAUGCAAAAGGAAAGCCUAGUGUUGGCUGCGUAAUUCGCCGCUCAAGAAAUCGUGGUCCUCCUGCAGUGUUAGCAGUUGGAUGGAACGGUUUCCUUCCUAAUACACCUGAGGGGGAGUUAGAAGAAAUAAAAGGUCGUCGAUUUAAGGAGUCGAGGGCUGCUAAAGAUAGGGACAAUGCACUGACUGCGGAGCUCGGCCUUCAUGCUGAGACAAAUGCCCUACAGUACUGCUCCGAGAGCUCGGAGAUGGCUACUAUUUACACGACUCAUGUGCCGUGCUACAAUUGUGCAAAACAGCUAGUUGCUCAUAAAGUUGGGCGUGUUUUUUACCUGUUCUGGAUGAAAGAUUGUGAGACCUCAAUAGAGCUCUUUGAGAAAUUCGACAUAACUUGUGUAGCCUUUGGAAAACGGGAUGAAGUACUAUGGGAUUUCAGCGCGUUUUUCUUGACAGACCGCAAAAUUGUUCAGGGAAGCACCGUUCCGCAAACAUCCCUGGAAGAAUAUCAAUACUUUUUGGAUUCUAGGGACAUAAAGCAUUUGGAAGAAGUUAGACAGUACAGCUUCGGUAAUAAAAUUGUCUUGGGAUAAAGCGCAAUAGCGUUUGAAAAAAAUGUGAUUACCGCUGAAAAAAUAUAUGAAUAAAAACGUAUGAUACGAUACGAUACGAUACGAUAAUUUAUUUAACGUGGACAUUACUCUUAGCGUAAUCAGCUAGUCUGUACAGGUAAUCUACUGCUUUAGCUUAGUAUAUUCUAAAAAUUAAAAAACUAAAAAUGUACAACAACAUUCCACACAUGUAAGCCCUUGUCCAGGCCUUGUCCAGGCUCCAGAAGCACUAAAUAAGGGUCAAGUAUUACAGUAAUAGGUAGACUGUUCACAGUCCCCUAUUUUUCGUAAGAUCGUCAGGAUCGUCAGGAUCGUCAGGGGACGAGCGUCGGGACCCCCCCUUAAGUUGAUUUGACACUCUUUACAUCUAAGAUGGUCACCCUCCCAGGGGGGGUACACGGGAUUUCAAGUGAUGGGGAUGAUCGAAGGAUUUUUGGGGGUUUGAAAUUUUCGAUUCCGGGAUUUUUUGGGGUACGAAAAUUUGGCAAGUAUUUUUUUGGUAGCUUGAUUUGAGUAGGGAUUUUUUUGAGGUAUUAAAAAGAAUCGGUAGUGCCCUGGCUGCGUAGUUCUGCGAAUAAAGUUCAAACAAACGCGUUUUGCUGUUGUUUGAUAGUUAACUAUGGUGUCGCUUUACAUCGCACGUGUUAUACAAUAGUUUGCAUUGUCCCGUGGUGCCCGGCCGUGUACAAGACCUCAACCGCUUCAGUUCAGUCAAUUGGCUUUACCGUCACUGGAAUUCCAUUUUGCUCUAGUGAACUUUUGAAAAUCGGCAUGGGAUUUUUUGGGGGUUAAUUUUUGGUCCAGGGAUUUUUUGGGGUUUUGCUGGAAGCCCUAGGGAUAUUUUUGGGUCUUGACUUUUGGCUCCAUUCGACCAUCCCCGUCACUUGAAAUCCCGAGUACCCCCCCCCCCCCCCCCCUGGGUUCACCCUUAACGCAAAGCGCUCGAUCUCGAUGUUCUUACGGGAAAAUAGGAGACUGUGAACAGUCUAAGUAAUAGGGUAUUCGCUUCACAAUCGGUCCAUAACUGUUUUACAGCUUACUGAAAAUUAAUUUAAAGAAAUUGUCAUUCAAAAUUGCUUAUAGCCCUGUUCAAAGUCGAUGGGACUAUGCAUUUUCUGGGACCUCGCUACAUUUGAUUUGUUUCAAACAACCUUUCAAAAAAAAUUUUCUAUGUUCUGUUUGGACUACUUCCAUCUUGAAAAAUAGCUACCAGGGUCGAGUUGUUUGAGGCAAUGUUAGCAUUGAUUUACUUUUUCAAUUAGUUUUGAAAAAUCAGAAAAAAGUUUAAUUUCUUUAUUUUCUUAUCAGGGCGAGAAUUAGAAUUAACCAAUAGAGAAACGGCUGAAGAGGAGAGUAACAACCACGAUAACUUUCCAGGCGACUCUGACGUAAUGUGGAUGAAAAUGGCCUUGAUGGCGGCCAGUCGGGCCGAGAUACCGAGGGAAACUGCGGACAUGCCAAGUGUUGGCUGCGUAAUUCGUCGCUCAAGAACUCGCGGCUCUCCAGCAGUGCUUGCAGUCGGUUGGAACGGAUUCCUUCCCAAUACAGCUGAGGAGGAGUUAAAAGAAAUAAAAGGCCGCUCUUUUAAAGGGGAGAAUGCUGAUCAGAAAAGAGACAACGCAUUGACUGCGGAACUCGGCCUUCAUGCUGAGACAAACGCUCUACAGUACUGCUCCGAGAAUCCGGAAAUGGCCACUGUUUACGUCACUCAUAUGCCGUGCUACGAUUGUGCAAAACAACUUGUUGCACAUAAAGUUGGGCGUGUCUUUUACCUGUAUUGUACGACUUACUCGGAGGGUGAUCAUGAACCGAGAACAAUUCGUCUUUUUAAAAAGUUCAACAUCUCAUGUAUAGCCUUUAACAAGCGUGACAGGGUCCUGGAAGAUUUUAGCAAGUCUUUUCUUGAACAUAGAGGUAUUCUUCGGGGAAACACUGAUGCCGCAACACCUCCAGAAAGCUGUCCGUCAUUCCUAGAUUCAAGAGACAGCAAGCCCUUACCUGCGUCGCAGACGCUCUAUACACAUGUUUAG